UGCUUAGGUAGACUUAUUUCCCUUGGGGUUCGCCUUUUUUUAGCCAGAGGGUGCUCAGUUCUUCGUCUUGUCAAGUCAAGAUCCUGUCUGUCACGAACACGAAGAUUCCCGGAAGAAUGCGCAAUACAUGCAGUUAGCCGGAAGUUCAUGCACACUUCAUGCACACGAACUCCCCAACCCCACGCCCGCUUUCCGUCAUAUUAACUACCCCCACUCAUUCCCAUGUGAGCGAACCUGAUUCCAAAGGCUACCUAGCUUCGUCCUGUUGCACAGCCGUGAUGGCCCGCCGUGGUUGGAAUCGACAGCAGAGCUUUCUAAUUGACGCCUGCUCGCGCUGGGCAAAGCACGUGCCGGAGACAAAAGGGCGGACGAGUCCAACGGGCGAACUGUUUUGCCGAGCGUGUCCGGCGCUGGCAGGGCGGGCCCUGCCGAGUUCGGCGUUGGGCCACCCGCUUCUCGUUUUCCCUUUCCUGGAAGUCCCGCCCAGCCGCAUAGCAAAAGCUUCGCCCCGAGAAGGAGCGCUGUCCCACUCGUCAAUUCAUCACCACUCUGCAGAUCCGAGACAGAACGGCCAAAGGGCGUGGCGAGCUGUCCCCACAAGGCGGAACCGUUGCAUCAGAGUCGAGAGGAUCAAAGAUCAAGUAUCAAGGUCGGAACCACAAGACGAACGAACAGCGAAGUCUCGUUACGAUCCAAUCGGGACACUGCGCAGUCGCGCAAGACAUGCGCAUCGUGGAGAACAAAGCUUCGGCUGGAAGUUGACGGGAACAGCAGUCAAUUGAGUAACGCGACUUGGUGAUGGAAAAAGGCCAGCGGGCUGCUUUCCUCUUUC